CGAAUUAAAAAAAAAAUAUUUGGCAAUUUUUAAUUUUUUCGAGUGAAAUUUAAGUUUUUUCCUUUUUCCCGCAACAUGACGCGCUAACUCGUUUUUUUAUUCGCAUUCGGUAGCUAAAGGAUUUACGGGAAAAGCAUGUUAUUCAUCGCAGGGAAAAGUUUGAGAGUUGUCGAGAAAGCGAUUGGAAGGAGGGAAAUUUGCAAUUCAAGGUUGAACCGCAGUUUGUCUGCGGAAUAUUAUGUCUCGAGAAGUUUACAGUAUUUCACAAUCAGUUAUUAGAAGUCCCGGAAAAAACAGAAGAUUAACAGAAUUACCUACCGUUGAUCGUUCUCCAUCACGAGAAUAUCUUAGAAGAGAAAUUUCAAACCAACACAGAUUACGAUUAACUCGAUCAGGAGAUUCGUCGCCGUUACAUUACCACAGUGCGAGUCACAUCAUGGGAAGUCCCUAUUAUCGAGAUAUGGAUGAUGCCAUAAGUCCCGUUGGCGGGCAUCAUCGAAGUCGAAGCGCAAGUCGACCCGCGCCUUCGCACAUUAUGGAUUAUCCACGAACACGUUACCAAUCAUUGGAUCGCGGACCACUCGUUGUCGAUCCGCAUGAGAGGGAAUUUAUUCCGAUACGAGAGCCUCGAGAUCGUUCGCGUGACAGAUCUCUCGAACGUGGUUUAUACUUGGAGGAGGAGCUUUAUGGGCGCCCAAGUCGUCAAAGCCCGAGUCAAAUUCCUUUAUCAGAUAGAGCAUAUAUUGGCGACUUGCAAGCCACAAAUUCGGAUUUUCAACGCGAACUGGCAAACCUCAAGAAAGAAUUGGAGCUCACGAAUCAGAAAUUGGGCAGUUCAAUGCACAGCAUCAAGACAUUUUGGUCGCCUGAGUUGAAAAAAGAACGCGCUUUACGGAAGGAGGAAAGUGCGAAAUACAGUUUGAUUAAUGAUCAACUCAAAAUACUCACGAGCGAGAAUCAGAAACAAAGUUUAUUGAUUCGUCAACUCGAGGAAGAGCUUCGCCUACGUAUACGUCAACCGAAUUUGGAGCUGCAGCAACAAAUGGAAACGCUCUUUGCGGAAAACGAACAUUUGACACGCGAAAUUAACAUUUUACGUGACACGAUUAAGGAGUUGGAGUUGCGUAUCGAGACGCAAAAACAAACGUUGCAGGCGCGUGACGAAAGUAUCAAAAAGUUGCUCGAGAUGUUGCAAAAUAAGGGAAUGGGCAAAGAAGAGGAACGUCAAAUGUUCCAACAGAUGCAAGCGAUGGCGCAAAAACAACUUGACGAAUUUCGGCUUGAAAUUCAGCGACGCGAUCAGGAAAUCAUGAAUAUGGUUGCGAAAAUGAAGACUUUGGAGGAGCAACAUCAGGACUACCAGAGACAUAUAACGGUAUUGAAGGAGUCUCUCGUCGCCAAGGAGGAGCAUUCAACCAUGUUGCAAGCUGAUAUGGAAGAGUUAAAGAACCGAUUGGAAGAGAAAAAUCGUCAAAUUGAGAAAAAGACACAAGUUACAUUCCAAGCAGAGCAAAACAAGUCUCGUUAUGUUUCAGAAAUUAAUGAAAUGAAGGAACACAUGGAGAUAAAAGAUCGUAAAAUUAACGUUUUACAAAGAAAGAUUGAGAACCUCGAAGACUUGUUAAAGGAAAAAGAUAAUCAAGUUGAUAUGGCUCGUGCUCGUCUCAGUGCCAUGCAAGCGCAUCAUUGCACAUCCGAAGGAGCUCUCUCAAGUUUGGAAGAAGCAAUUGGCGACAAGGAGAAACAAAUGCAACAAUUACGAGACCAACGUGAUCGUGCUGAACAAGACAAAAUCGAGGAACGCGAAUUGCAUGAACGAGAACUUGCCGACUACAAAUUACGCCUUCACACCCUCGAAAGUGAAGUUGACAAACUCACGUCGCGUCUUCAUAGGGCACUUGCUGAAAAAGAUCGUUUGGAGAACAAACUCGAAUGUUCGCAAACGGAACUCGGGCGUUCAAAGGCGGAAUUAGACAAAGCUGUGACAGAUGUUGGGCGCAGCGGCAUGGAUUGGGAGACAACCAAACAAAAGAUUCAACGUCUCGAGGUAGAAAACGAACGAUUACGUGCGGAUUUGGAAAGAUCUCAAACGACAUUUGGUCGAAGCACGUUAAAUACCUCGCAGGAACUCGAUAAGGCGCAAGAAAAAGCAGAUAAAAUCUCCGCUGAACUUCGACGAACACAAGCUGAGUUACGAGUCACGCAAUCUGACGCCGAACGAGCAAAGAACGAAGGCAUCGCAUUGCAAGAAAAACUCGAAAAGAGUCAGGGAGAAGUUUACCGCUUGAAAGCACGUCUCGAAAACGCACAAAGUGAACAGGAAACUCUCAAACAAGACCUCGAACGGAAUCAGAGCGGCGUCACUCGCAUCGUCAAUGAACGAGAUCGCGCCAUUCAGGAGAUCGAAAAGCUCAAGGAAGAAUUGGAACGAUCGCAGGCAACGCUUGGAAAGUCACAAUUGCAACAAGACAAGCUUCAGAUUCAACUCGACAAAGCACAGAGCGAAAUCGAUCAGUUGCAAGAGAAAUACGACAAAGCAGGAGCAGAAGCUAGAAAGCUUCAACUCGAGAAGGACAAGAUUAUGUUUGACUUUGAAAAUGUUCAAUCGCAACUCGACAAGGCUUUGGGACACGGAUCUCGCGUACAAAAGGAGAAAGAAUCCGCUGAAUUGGACUUUGCUCGUAUGAAGGAGAAGGCAGAUAAGCUUCAGAAUCAACUCAUGCGCGUAACAAAAGAUCACGAUUUAUUGUCUGACGAGUUCGAAAAAUUGAAGGAAAAACACGAAGUUGCUUCAAAUGCCGUGAUGAAAGUUCAACGCGAAAAGGAAGUCAUUCAAACCGAAUUCGAUAUGGUCAAAGAACGAUGGGAUAAGACCCAUUCCAUCCAUCAAAAGCUUCAAAUGGAGCGCGAUGAUGCCCAUGCCGAAAUCGAUCUCCUCAAGGAAAAGUUAGACAAAGCCCUGUACGCCAGUCAAAAGUUGAUUGACGAAAAAGACACAUCCAACAAGGAAUUCGAAAAGAUGUUGGAAAAAUACGACAGAGCACAAAACGAAAUUUAUCGCCUACAAUCGCGCGUCGACACCCUCGAAGCGGAUCGCAAUCGUUUGGAAAUCGAAGCAGAACGUGCCGCCCUUGCUGCUGCCAAGGCCCGCGAAGACUUACGAAAACUUCAUGACGAAAGUACGCGAUUACAGGAGGCUUGCGAUCGCGCCGCACAACAACUUGCCCGCUCAAAGGAACUCGAAGAGAAGGCACGCGAAGAAAAUGAAGUGUCUCGAGAUCGUCUGGAGCGUAACCAACUCGAUUAUCGUCGUCUCAUCAGCGAAAAGGAAACUCUUUCGACGGAAAAUGAACGUUUGAAGUACGAAGUCGAGCGAUAUCACAACACCCAGCUGAAAAACGCUGCCGUCAUGGAUUCGUUGCAAGAGGAAACUGCCAUGUACAAAUUAGAGAUGGAAAAGGCACGAGAUCGUCUCGAAAAAGUGCAAUCCGAAUUGCGACGAUUGGAGGAGGCAGAAGCUUAUAGCAGAGACACGCGCAAGAUCAAAGAGGAAAAUGAAAGAUUGCGCGAAAGACUCGAAAAGACGAUGAACGAGUUAGAUACCCUCCGGAAUACGAUCCAAUUUGACCAAGAGAGCUUCGAAAAACUCAAAGAACGCAUCGGGCAGCGCGAAAAUGAUGCACAAUCGUUGGAAGCAAAACUCCAUGAAGCAACGUUGCAACUCGAACGAUCCCGAUCUGAAAUUGCGAAACUCAUCUCGAACCAAGAGAAGGAGAAACGCGAACUCGAACGUACCCACAUCGAGUACGAGAAGAUACGCGACAAAUAUGAGAAAUUGACUCGCGAGUUUGAACGACUCAAGCAAACGUCGCAAGUUAAUUUGGCAAGUAGCAACUUAUCCAUAGCUGAAAAGAAUGAAUUAGAGCGAAUGCGUGAAGCGUUAGACAAGGCGUUACAGCAACGAGACGCUACCGAAUUAGAAGCAGGUCGAUUGGCAAAAGAACUCGAAAAAGCCCAUUUGCAUCUCACAAAACAUCAAGAAGCUGCCGAAUCGACUCGAAUUGAGUUCGAACGGAUGUCUGCGGAACUCAGCAAAGUAUUGGAGAAGUUGGAACGAAGCGAAAAUGAGAAGGAAAUGCUCAAACAGAACUUUGCGAAACAACAUGCCGACCAAAAGAACCCCAUGCAAGAUAAGCAAUAUGCUAAUUUGGAGGCAGAAGCACGUCAAUUGGUGACAGAAAGAGAUCAAUUAAUAAUGCAACUUGAGAAGAGUCAGGAGAUGCUAAUGCACUUCCAGAAGGAACUGACAAAUGCUGAAGCUGAAAUUAAACAGUUCAAGGAUGAGAAUCAGAGAUUGAAGGGAAGCCUCGAACACGAAUACCAACAAAUAAAGGUCGAGAACGCACGCCUUAAACAAAUGAUCCAAGAAAUUAGCAAUCGCGGAGGAAGUGAAGUCGAUCAAUGGCGUAAAUUGGUCGAACAAGAGAAGGGAAGAGCUGACAAAGCUGAAAAUGAUAUCAAACAAGUCACGCAACAGCUUCAAGCUAAAGACAAACAAAUUGAACAGGCAACGCAACAAAUUCAAGCAAUGCAAGCCGAAAUGCAAAACGUUGGAAAGAAAAUGCAAGCACAACAGCAACAGCAUCAGCAGCAAAUGCAACAAUUGCAGCAACAAGUGCAGCAAGCUCAGGCGCAGGCUCAGCAAGCAGCCCAAGCUGCCCAAAAUCAACAACCGCAGCAACCGGCGCAACAACAAAGCAACGUCAAUCCGAAAGAGCUCGAAAAACUCGUCAAAGAGCGUGAUCAAGCCGCGGUUGAACGAGAUCGUUUGCAGCAACAACUCGAAAUGCUCGUUAGUGAAUUAGAGAAGAGUCAACUCGCUCUCAUGGAUACCAAUGAGCAACUACGAGCCCUACAAGCAGGCGAAGCAAAGGCUGGUAACCAAAAUAAACAACAGGAAGAAGAAAUCAACCUCGCUCUCAUGGAUACCAAUGAGCAACUACGAGCCCUACAAGCAGGCGAAGCAAAGGCUGGUAACCAAAAUAAACAACAGGAAGAAGAGUUACGACGAUACAUGCAAAGUGUCGAAGAGGCAAAGAAGAAAUUGGAUGCCGAAAAAGCCGCUUUCGAAGAGCAAAGAAAACUUCUUGAACAAAAACGCAAAGAACUCGAAGAAAAGGAACGAAACUUGGCUGAAUGUGACGUCAAACUGAAGAAACGAAAGGAAAAACUCGACCAAAUGGAGAAAGCUCUUGCACAAGCUAAACCGGGAGAUCCUGCCGCAAAUGCCCAAUUUAUGGAAGAAUUUGAAAAGACAAAGAUGCAACUCGAAGUCGCACAGGAAGAAGUUAAACGAGGCGCUGCCGAAACAGAACGCUUAUUACAACUUGUCCAAAUGUCUCAAGAAGAACAAAAUUCCAAGGAAAAACUUAUCAUGGAUCUGCAACAACAACUGCGAAAUACGCAAGCAAAACUAAAACAGGCCUCAUCUUCGUCGGGUCCUGCACAAGAUGCCGCAUCCGCAGCCACGGGAUUCCUGAAAAGUUUCUUCUAAAUUUCUAUUCUCUAUCAACAAAUAUAUUAUAUACAUACAAUUUAGGCGAAGU